AUGGGGAAAGGGAAAAAGAGGAAGAGAGUAGCGGAUCUUGUAAAAUAUGAUGGAGGAGCAAAGCAGAGAACUGAGCAACCAUCCUCGGAGCAGCCAUCCUCGAAGCCAAACCCGACAGAGCAAAAUAUAAUUGAGGGAGGAGGAGUUGAAGAACAACAAGUCCCAAUGGAGUCUAACAAGGAGGAAGAAAACUCUGAGAAGAAUGAGGAAGAAGACAGAGAGGAGUCGUCCUCCGAUGAUGGUAGGAGAUCCUUGGGGGAAGAGUCCUCCUCCGAUGAGAGUAAGGAGGAUGAGAUUGCAGUGGAAAAUGCUCCGGAAAAUGCUAUGACGAAGACUAUGGGGAAAGGGAAAAAGAGGAAGAGAGUAGCGGAUCUUGUAAAAGAUGUAGAUGAUGGAGGAGCAAAGCUGAGAACUGAGCAACCAUCCUCGGAGCAGCCAUCCUCGGAGCCAAACCCGACAGAGCAAAAUAUAAUUGAGGGAGGAGGAGUUGAAGAACGACAAGUCCCAAACAUUUCAUUAAUGAAGAAGAGAAUAUGUAGACAAAAAAAGGAUAUAAGAGAUUUUGUGUUUUCUAACUUCCAUGUUCACAUGUUCAAGUUUUUACAAAGGCAAAGAGACUACUGA